UAAAAUGAUCACUUUGCGUGGUCUUUUGUUACUUUUAUUUGGUAUAGCUUGCUUAAGCGUACCCGCACAAGCUAUUUAUGAAUCUCAAGCAGGUGCAUUUGAUUGGCACCAUACCUGGAUUGGUCAUCCUCGAGAAGCCUUCAAUAUUGAUGAUAACCAUGUCCUAGUUUAUUCUGAUAGAAAUGUGUUUGCAUCUAUCAGCAAGCACACAGGAGCUAUUGAAUGGAGACAGAUCCUUGAUAGUCAGUUAAUUAACCUCAAGACUUCUGAUGCAGGUAUCCUAACAACAUCGGAUGACCCUAAACGCGCUCAACUUUGGAACAAAACAAACGGUCAUUUGGUCUGGGAACAUGUUUUGCCAGAAGAAAAGCAAUUUGGUGCAGCAGAACCUAUCCUGUUUGAAGAUGGAGAAACAAGUCUACUUUUAGGCAAUAAUGAGCUCAUCAAGCUGUCUAAAGAAGGCAGUAUUGUGUGGAGUUGGAUAAAACCAGAGAAAGAAGGCAACAAGCUAAAGAUUCGAGAAAAGGAGGGUCAUAUCUAUGUUAUUGUAGAACCAGAGGAAGACAGCAAUGCGCCUUACUUUUUCAUAAAUAUCAUUGAUAGAUUGACCGGAGAAACAGAAAAGACGCUUCAGAUUGAUUGUCAUUCCAGUUUCAGUCAUAUUACCUAUAUUGGAGACUACAUAUUCUGGAUUGAAGGAAGCUUAUUAAAGUGGACGCCUAUCUACGCCAAAGAUAUUCAAGCUGUGGUGAUCCAAGAACUUUUGAAGUCAGUUCCCGAGGUUGAUGAAUUUGAUGCUAGUCAGAUCAGCAUUCACGGUCAACAUAACUCAUUGAUUAUCACUGCUGAGUACGAAGAGGAUGAAUUUGCCACUACUCAAGUUGCAUCUGCUUUGGUUCAUAUAGAAAAUGACGGAAAAUCACUUUUAUUUAAGAAAUACUUUGGCUCACAUCCCUCCUUUGGCGGUGUUGAUUUUUACAAUGCUUCUGCUGCACGUAUUUACAGAUCAGGAGCAAAUGAAUUUACUGUCUAUCUCUCACCCGAAGGCAAGGAAAUCAAAAUAGAGCAUGACUUUGACUUAUCCGGCGAUAUCAAUUACGCCAAAAUACUAAGCUUUGAACCAUUCCGUCUUUUAAUUGCUACCGAAGGCUCCUCUGUACUUUGCUUUGAUGAGCGUGACAUACUCUGGUCACGAGAAGAAUCCCUGGCCAACAUUGCUGCAUCCGAAUUUUUGGAUCUUCCUGAGCAAAAGAUGUGGACUCAAAUGGCUGACGAAUUGGACGAGACAGUGAGUGAACAAGCUGUUGAAAAUCCUUUUAGUCGUUACCGUCGUCGCCUUAUAACACACUUGCAUGGACUUGGUAAAUUACCUAAAUGGUUCAUUUCUCAUUUUGCUGGCAUGUAUGGCUCAGCUCUUGAAGCCGAUCGACACAAUAACAAGAUUUCUAUCGUGGAGGCCCAGUCAUGUUGGUUAAAUAACAGCCAACCCGAAACUCUGUAUCGUGACAAUUUUGGACUACGCAAGUUGAUCAUCUCUGUUACCAAGACUGGAAAGAUCAUUGCUCAAGAUACAUCCAGAAAGGGCAAGAUUGUGUGGAGUCGAUAUGCACCUUAUUAUUCUUUUAGUCAGAUUCACGUUGUCCGUGCCGCUACCGUCAAACUUCCACCUAUUAUUGUGGCUAUUGGCUCAACUGUAGAUGACAUGGGAGGAGAAGCAACAGGCUUCAUUCGACUGAACGCGCUUACAGGAGAAGACUACAUCUCUUCCAUUCCUGAAUCUGCUGAUUUCUUUGAACCCGUAGUGACAACAGGCAUCAACGUUGAUAAAGUGAUGCGUUUACCUAUUGAAGAACCAGAAGAACGAACUCACCUUUUGGCAGUUUAUGAAACUGGCAGUGGACGUGUCUUUAUCUACCCAGACACGACAGCUGCUCGAGAAAAGUUUAGAUCUGAAUUCCUUCCCAAAUUUUACUUUUCACACCAGACAAACACCGGCAUGCAAGGUUUCAAAGUAGUAGAAGGCUAUCGAGGCAGUCUGAAAGCAAUUCCUGUCUGGAACUUUAUCCUUCCCAAGGGAGAAGAGAUAGUAACGACCAGUAAGCCUCAGACUUAUGAUAAAGUCGCUCUACUUGGCCGAGCACUCGGUAACAGAAACGUGGCUUACAAGUAUCUUAACCCUCAUAUGUUUGCUCUGAUCUCCAGGAAGGGAACUUUACUCAAAGUACGCAUCUUGGAUGCUGUAAAGGGGUCUGUUCUAUAUGAGACGACUCAUGACAAUGUUGAUACUACUACAAACCAGGUCCACAUCAUUCAAGCCGAGAAUUGGUUUGUUUACCACUUUUGGAGCAACGAUGCUAGAGCAAAAGGAUAUCAAGCAGUUGUAUUGGAGCUUUUUGAAGGUAAACAUGAGAAUGAACGAAUUGAAAGUACGACCUUUUCGUCUUUUGACAACAUUCAACCCUACGUCAACUCUGCUGCAUUUGCAUUUCCCUACCCUGUUAGCUGUAUGGGAGUAACAACGACAAAGAAUGGAAUUUCUACUAAAGCCAUUAUUUUUGGAUUACCUACGCAUCAAAUUGUCAGCGUCAACAAGAGACUGCUUGAUCCUCGAAGACCUAGAGACAAGCCUACGAAAGAAAAUAUGGAAGAAAUGCUCUUCCCUUAUGCUCCUAUUCCUGAUGAGAGACGUUUCUUUUUAACCUAUGACUUGGAUGUUGCUGGUAUUCAAACGAUCAUCACAAGUCCCUCCUUAUUGGAAUCGACAUCACUUGUAUUCUCAUAUGGCCUUGAUACAUUUUAUAGCAGACAAUCACCUAGUCGUCAAUUCGAUGUGCUCUCUGAAGACUUUUCUAAAGUUCAGCUAUUACUGACAAUGAUUGGCUUGGGUGUUGCCAUUCUAAUUUCUGGACCCAUCGUGCGUAGGAAACGCGUAAAUGCAUUAUGGAAAUAAUAAUAAUAAAAUAUCUUCUUUUAUUUAUAAAAGAAAGAGUUAAAAACAAAACAACUGUGGGUUUUUAUAAGAACAGGGAAUGAAAAAGAGGAGGGGUGUUUAAAGUUUGGCAUUUU